AGAAUUUCCCACACUCCUUCCGUUUCCACCUUAUUACCCAGUGCCAACUGCACUCCUGCUGCACUCUUACCUCCGACGUUCAAAUUCAACAAACAAUCUUAUCAUUGUGAAUAUGUCAGUCGCCGCGUCCGAAUUAGAACUUCUUUCUGAAGAGCUUUCCACGGAAUUGAACGAGGUUACCGAUCCGCAUUUGGCACAAUCUCUGGACAUUUUGGCUUCUAUAUCUCCUCCUACUUCCUCAAGACCCGUCAUUGCCGUGGACUUGGAUGAUGUGCUGAGCCAGACCAACGCCGAGGUCGCUCGUUGGCAUAAUGAGCAAUAUGGAACAAAUAUGACACUCAAUGACUUUUACUACUAUUAUUACUGGAAGAACCCCUACUGGGGUGGUUUACACGAAACACACCAGAAAGUCCGCGAUUUCUAUGCUUCUAUGCAACUGUAUAACGCUGCGCCCGUUACUGGUGCAGGAGAAGGCGUAAAAGCGCUUCAUGACAUGGGGUUCAAGUUGAUCGUUGUGACAGCCAGGAGUUCUGAUAUUAAAGAAGAAAGCUGGGAUUGGAUCAAUCAGUGGUUUCCCGGACUUUUUGAUAGUGUGAUCUGUACUGGACAAUUCAAAGAUGCAACCAAAGAUGGCCAUGAGAUCGUCACCAAGUUGAGCAAGGCGCAGGUUUGUGCUGACUUGAAGGCGCGGCUUUUAAUCGACGAUUCAUCUGAGAACGCCCUGCAAGUUUCCACUUCGUCGUCUGCGGCAACACCACCAACGCCUGUCUUGUUAUUUGGACACUACGAAUGGAACAAACGCCUCUCUUUACAUUCAGACGCGGUAGAUGCCAUGGCCUUUGACACUAGAUUACAGAUAGAGGGCGGGAGAGAAUUUUGGAAGUAUGAGAGGUUCGAGGAUCAUAUUCCUGAGGGAGCUCCACUUCAUCGAGUGAGAGACUGGGAAGAAGUAGUUCAGUUUGUCAAGUCUGCUCGAGCUGCAAACGAGCUUUGACCUUUCUGUAUAUUUACUGUACCAAGUAUGUACAAUAGAAAGGUUCAUGGCAGCGUCGAAAUCCGGCUACCGGGGCAUGAUCACUAUC